GUCUGACGUGACGUUUCAAUAUUUCAUUUUUGUACUUUUGUAGGUUAUAGUUGCAUUUCCGUAAUAAUUGCACAUAAAUGUUUCCUUUAAGCAUUGUGGUAUUAAAAUGUCUUCAGCAUUAGUACGACAGGCUCUGGAACUCGUCGACCAAGAAGACAGCGGCGAGGCGAAGCGUGGUGGGCGCCGAGCGCGGCCGCGACACGCGGGUCAAGAUCACCGGCAGUUGUACAAGAGUAAGAGCAAGAAGGCUCCGGCGCCGGCGCGGAGUCAGGAGCAGCAGGUGCAGGACAACGUCAACAAGUUGCUGAAGCUGUCCGCGCGCGCCGCACACCCCAGCGUCGCCGACAAGAUAGUGGAGCGCGCAGUGAGACGCAAGCCGCUCGCCGACUCCACAGAGGAGAAGCAAGACGAUCACAAGUCCAUACUGUUCCCCGAGACAGAGACCUUCCAGGACUUCGAGAAGGAACUCUUCUGCAGUUAGAUCACCACUCACGCAUUCACAAGUGUUAAGCGAGUCUAUGCGUUACUGCUAGUGGCGCAAGGUCGAGAUUGGUUUGAUGCCGAUAUAUGGACAUACCUGAUGCGCUGG